CACCAACGCCGAAGGCUUCUCCCCUAAGCCAUCUCAAUAUUGUCUUAAAAAAAAUGAAAAAACCCGCGAACCUUCGCAUUUGGCAGUCCACCAUGUUGGGGUUUUCCAUUUCAUUUCCCGGCCAAGGUUUCUUUUCGUGCAAUCGGCAGGGUCUUGUGAAACUCAACGACUAAUUUAUCCCUUUUUGCCACAAAUCCCUAAAAUAAAAUUUGAAAAAGGGGUUAUAUGAUAUGGCAAAGCGAAACUACGUCGUCAUUCUGUCGUCAGAAGAUGAAGAUGAUUCUAUUGUUCGUUCACUGAGUUCGAGGCGCAACCAUACCAAGGCCAAGUCGAGGUCGCGUUCUACAUCCUCGCGUGGAAAAAAGAGAGCGCGCGUUUCGGGUUCUCAGCCUCGAAACUCUAAACUGCGCGAGAUAGACUUAUUUGGAGACGACUUCAAUGAAGUGUUUACUGGGUCAAAGGUAUCCGCUGGUACUCUAAGGAACUAUGCAGAGGAGCUAUGGGUUGAUAAAUACAGACCCCUUUUGCUGGAAGAACUUGCCGUUCACAAGAAAAAGGUUGAAGAAGUUAAGACGUGGUUUGAGGAGAGGCUGAAACCUUCAAAGGGUGUCUACAGUAAUAAUGUCCUUGUCAUCAGUGGGCAGGCAGGAGUUGGAAAAUCUGCAGCUGUAAAUGUAAUUGCAUCUCAUGUGGGAGCGAUAGUGUGCGGAUGGAACACACCUACACCUGUAAUUUGGCAAGAACAUCUUUAUAAUUCUGGCUCAGGGACACAAUACACAUCCAAGUUGGAUGAAUUUGAGAAUUUUGUUGAGAGAGUACGGAAAUAUGGAUUACUGCCAACUUUUUCUGGGGAGUCAAAGCCUUCCAUCAUACUUUUAAUAGAUGACCUUCCCAUGAGUAAUGGGAAAGCUGCUUUUGGAAGACUUAAGGAUUGCUUGCACCUUUUGGUGAACUCAAUUCAGAUACCCACAGCAAUAUUGGUCACGGACUAUGGCAAUGUUGAUUCAGCAGAUUAUAAUGCCCGUUGCCUGGAAGAACUUAAGCUAUCUCUAGAGAGUUCUGGGGCUUGUAAGGUUGCAUUUAAUCCAAUUACAAUGAAUACUAUGAAGAAGGUGCUUUUUAAAAUAUGCCAGAUGGAGCAGCGUGAUGUGACUGCUGAGUAUGUUGAUCUAAUAGCAAAAUCAAGUGGGGGUGACAUCCGACAUGCAAUUACUUCUUUACAGUUUUUCUGCCUGAAACCAAAUCUACUGCAUUCUUUGGCCCAGUCUACUUAUUCUCCCCGUGCAUUCAAAGAGGAAAGCAUUGAACCUGUCAGAUCAGAUGAUGGAUAUUCCUUGCACUUUGGCAGAGAUGAGACACUCUCUCUAUUUCAUGCUUUGGGGAAAUUUUUGCACAAUAAAAGGGAGACUGGAGUUGCAACACAUUAUGAACAAGACGGAUUUCCUAUACAAGAAAGAUUUUCAAGGUUACCAUUAAAAAUGGAUGUCCCUGAGAAGAUUCUUUGUCAAGCCCAUGUGCAACCUGGUGCAGUUGCUGAUUUUCUGCAUGAAAAUGUUCUGGAUUUUUUGAAUGAUGAGGCAAUAGAUGAUGCAUGGACUUUAUCUUCAUAUCUAGGUGAUGCUGAUAUUCUUCUUGCUAAACUUCGGGGAAUGCUGUGUAGUUAUAACGAGGCAGAGAGUGUUUUACAGUCAGCUGCUGCAUCCAUAGCUGUUCGGGGGGUGCUAUUUGGAAAUUCUCAUCCGCUAUCCUCCAGGUGGCAUGCAAUUCGGCGACCAAAGCUCUGGCAGAUUGAGAAGGUAUCAAUAUACAAGAAUGAGAUAGAUAGGCUAAGAAUCCCUGCCUCUAAACGGUUGAGUUCUUACCAUAUGUCAAUUAUAGCCACAGAGUACAUGCCUAUGCUUAAAUUGUUUGGUAAGAGGGCUUAUGAUGGUGGAUAUCAUGAACCAAGUCCGGAAUCAUCACUCAACUUGGAAAUGGAAGAUUUUAAUUUUGACAAAAUAAGUUUAGAUGAAGAAGGUAGGGAGACUUCUGAUGAUGACAUAGAAGAUUGGUAGGUAUGCAACGUGUAAUAUAUGUGGUUGUUCAGUUCGCAGAUCUUCCUUUAAUGCAUAUAUUUUGUGUUAGACAUUUUUCUACCUGUUUUAUCUCUUUUGUUGAUCGAGGCUGCAGCAUUACAUAGGAAAUGACAAGUUUUUGUGAGUUCUGAUGCAUGCUUUGAUUACAUGCCAAUUGGAACUGGUUCUCUCAAAUCUCAAUGGGUGAUGGGAUGGGAUGGGAUUGGGAAACCAUUGCUUAAUAGAAUGUGCUCAUUGUAAAUAUAUACUUUGUUAACUUACAAAUAUAUUUAUAUUUAAGUUCUACAAAAUUAAUAUACACAGAAUGAGUAGAUAUUUGUGAACACGAGCAUUGCUAUUUGUUGAGGUGUCGAAGUAUGGGACACUUUCGACACCAAAACAUCCCCCAACACGUGUUUGAUACCCCUCAACAGGUCUUUAUUAUGUGAGAUUUGAACAAGGGAAGGGAAAAACAUUUGCGAAAGGGGAAAUUCUUGGAGGAGGAUUCAUUCUCUUAUUCUUAGUCAUUCAAUAAAAUUGUUCAGUUUCUUUCAUAGUUUCUAUCAAUUUCUCAUUUCUCUUUCCUGGAUUCGUAACAACUGAUUCGAUCUGCCUGAUCUCUUGUCGCUGAUAAAAAAUGAAGGAUUUAAUAUUGUUCAUGGAGAAAGUGACUAGCGGAUAGGAGCUGCAGUUUCUUUAGUUGUAGCUUUCCUUGAGAUCAAGAAGAGUGUUAAUGGAAUUCAAGAGCAUAAGCAGAGAUGCUGUGUAAGUUUCUGAAGAAUCUGAUCUCGAGGAGAAAAGGACAAGACCUCUAAGGUUGAGAGAUCUAGCGUCAUCGCGAACGAACAUGGGAAAGAGGGGAGAUGGUAGAGUUUAGCAAUGACAAGCAGUGAUAUUCCGGAAUUUGAUUGGAUUAAUUUUAGAUGAAAAUUUAGAUUGAAUUUUAGAUGUAAGCUAUUUAAAUUUAAAAAUCCAUCCAAUUUGAUCUGACUAGAAAUGGUUUGGAUUAGAAUGAAUGCUUCAACUUUAUAAUUUUAUUUUUAACUUUGCUAGGUGAGAAAUAAAUUAAUUUUUUUUUCUUCCACACUAUAUUUAACAAGUUUAUCUUUUUAAAAAACAAAACGUAAAAUGUAUAUAAUAAAAUUAUUAGUAUUAUUUGUGAUGAAAAAUUUUAACACGAGUUGAACGAAAUGCAGAAUUUGCAUUUUGUUUAGAUGGUGACCGCAGAUUAAACAGUAAAUAAACAAAAGGAAAAUUCAGUAGUUUCGUACAUUCAAUUUUGAAUUAAACAGCCAUUUCUUAAGAGAAUAUGAUACACAUGAAAAAAGUUUAAAUAAAAAUAAAAUUACUGUAAUGAGGCAUAUAAGGUUACGUGAUCGGUAACAAUACAAUGAAAAAAAAGCGAGAAACACAAGGAUGUCUAUCACCUUGCCCAACCAAGUCCAAGGCCAAAAUCUUAUUAACUUCCUUCUUUCUCCGCUCCUCUUUCUCUCCAAUAGCGAACUAUGCCUGAUGCUUCAACAUGUGUUCCCUUUUUAACUUCUGGACUAAACUUUUCAUAUCGAGGGCCAUAGUUCAACUGCUAUUCUAUUUGGACAUUUAGCAUUCAUCACUAAGCUGGGCUCAUGGGCCUUAUCAAUGGGAAUUGAAUAUAAUUUUCAAGGUGCUCAACUAAAUGCUAUCCAUCUACUGAAUACAUUUUUACACACCCCACUUUUCUAGUUACCUUGCUAUAGAUUAUAUGCAUUUUUAAUUAUCUUUCUUUGUGUAGAUAUUUUAGUUUUAAAUGAUUAGGUGAAGAUUCUAAUCAAGUGUUUUAACACCAAGAUAUAAAAUUUACUUGUAAAAAGGACAAAUACUUUUAAAGUUAACCUUUUUAAUGGGAUGUAAGGAGAGAAGGAAAUAUAAAGUUACCUUUUUGAUGAUAUUGAUUGAUAAAACGGAUCCUAAAACAUUUCAUGGUUCAUGGUCCAGGGCCCGCCAUCUAUUCCAUCAACAAACUUUGAAUUUAUGUAUUAAGCAUUUCGCAAAAACAUUUUAUAUUAAUAAAAGACUAGAGCUUAAUUGUUUGUCCAAAUUAGAUUUUGGUAAUUGGUCCUGUAUCCAGGAAAUGUUUAUAUGCUCGACAUAUGCCAGGGACUUGCAUGAACUUACAAUUCAUCCAAAAAGGAGUAACGUAAGUUAGCAAACCUUGAACUAUCCAGGAAAUGCUUAUAUGCUCAGACUUGCAUUGACUUAAAUCCAUUCAAAAAGGAGUAACCUAAGUUAGGCUACCUUGAACAAUUCUAAUGAUGGAUAUUUAUGGAAAACAAAUUAGCAGGAAAAAAAAUAAGCACUCAACAGUUCCAAAACAAAGCAAAACCUUGUUACGCACUUCCUCUAAUUCUCAAAUUUUCUCAACUGUAUGUAUUCAUAUCAUCAGAACAAUAUAUUGAAACCAACUGGAACAUCAAGCUACGUGCUUCUAGCUCCUUUGCCUAACAAAGUCGGCUAAUGGCAACAUCCAUUGUGGAAUCAGGAACCUACUCCAAACUGAGGGAAUCAAAUUGCUUUCUUUCAUUUCAUCAAUUUGCAAAGGUGUAUCAACCUAUCAGGA